UAACCUUGGUGUGAGCCAGUUGAGAGGCUGGAGAGCAGAGAGAGGCUGCACGGUGCGGUGGCUAAAGAUCAGCGAUUGCUGGCGUGAACAUGGCGGAGACCGCACGCUCACUCUUCGACUACCGGGACCCACGCAGCCUGGACAGCGAUGGAGACGGCGUCAAACCGGCACCGCCACUGCGGGGACGCGGCUGUGGAAGGAAAAGGAAAGGAACCCCCGUGAAAGUCUUUGUUACACAUACUGAGGAGGAGAGCGUGUCUGAACACAGCUUCAGCCCAGGUGACCGUAAGGAGGUAGCAGAGAAUAAGCGUCCUAAUCUGGACGGGCCUUUCUACAAUGCAGAGCCUGUUCCUCAUCACAGCUGCGGCCCAUCGGAGCAGACUCGUGACAAAGUUAGCAGCGGAUCAAAAAACAGCUCCUGUUCAGCUUCUACACCGGCUCCAGCUGCUUCCUCCACCCCCUCCCCCAUCACAUCCCUGGAGCUUGAUUUUACUCCGGCUGCCCCAACACCCUCUGCUCCGGCCCCAACAGCCAGCUCCUUUCCUCCCUCCCCCAACUGCCGUAUCCGAGAGGUCCACUGUGGGAGCCAGGUGCGGUUGGUUGUUAUCGCCAUCCGAGACAUCACCAAGGGAGAGGAGAUCACUGUGGACUACAGCCUGACAGAGUGGGGAGAGAACCUGGGUUUCUGUGGUACUGUGUCUCCAGCGCAACACGAGUGCAACUCUGACACUGAGAAGAACAACAAUAUCAAAAAGGGCGAUGACCCUCCCUCUCUGACAGCCCACCACCACCAGCAGCAGCAGCAAGAGCACGUCACCCCCUCUUGGUCCCUCUCCCCCUCCUCUUCCCCCGUCUCCCACUCUGACCCCAGUGAUUCAGAUGCUGGAGAAGAGGACAAUGCCAGCCCCCGUGGGCGGGCAUUACGCCGGCGCAAGAAACGCCGCAGCACACCUUCUAAGAAAAAGACUCCCCAUCGGACCUUGCCUGGGCGCCCAUCACCAGUCUCCCCUGCUAGUGUUCCUCAUUACAAUUGUCCACUUCCUUCAUCCCACCCUCCACAGCAGUCCUCUCCUCCCUGUUCAUCCUCCUCCUCUUCAUCUAAGCCUGUGUUCAAAGCCCCAGCUCCGCUAGGCCCCAACAGCACAAGCAACAUCAACACAAAUGUCCCCAGAGGAGGAGUGUCCAUAGACUCCAUGCGCCAAACCUGUGAGUACUGUGGACGGCACUUCCGCUCCCUGGGCCGCCACUUAGAUAAACACCACGCCCACCAACCAGAAGUGUGCUCUGCCCUUGUCGAGCGCUACACACAGAUGCCUCGCUUGCACGCACAGAACACCAAGCCAGCCGCAGCUCACACACACACUCAGCAGCACUCGAAGUCGUCACAGGCCUUGGGACAGAGCCGCAUUUCAGAUCUUCCACAGAGUGCCAUCCAGGACCUCUCCAUGUCUCCGCCCACCCUAACAGCAGCUAACCAAUCACCUGCCUCCUCUGGAAGGAACUGCACCCCACCUGUGCUGACUCCUCCUCCAAGAGGACAGAACGCAGUGCCAGUGUCAGUCUUAAAGAGGAGCCCACCGCCUGUUGCUGUGGCACAGUUCAGAAAAGGAGCAUUGAGGAGGCUCAAGAAAGAAACACAGGAGGAGGAAGAAGAGGCUGAGGAGGAUGAAGAUGAAGAAGAUGUGGAGGUCGUGGAGGUGAAAAAACCCAAAGAGGAGGAGGAGGUAGAGGUAGUGUGUCCUCGGUCCUUGAGCAGCAAGCUGGCCAAAGAAUUUCAGCCAGCAAAAGAAGAGGAAGAUGAGGAGGAUGAGGAAGAAGAGGAAGAGGAAGAAGAGAAUGGAGUGAUGGAGGUGGAAGAUGAAAGUGGGACAGAGGAUAAGGAAAAGGACUUGCUGAGUUCGGGUCGUCACCACAUGCUGCCCCUCCUCUCAUCCUUGUCUUCUCUAGUGCUGUAUCUUCGUCGGUUGCAGCACUCUGCAUUCUUGUCCCUGUCUCGGCAGCUGCAGUCAGCCGAGGCCUGGCGCCUUCUCUGCCACUCCAGCCUGGCUCUUCUAAUCCUAUACAACCGACGACGCGAGUGUGAGGUCUCCAAGUUGUCCAUUGCUGAAUAUCGUGCUCGCGUCACUCCCCAGUGCCCUGCUCCUGUUCCGCCUGGCACCCCUCCAGCUCUCACCCCACUGGAGGCCUCCCUGUCCCCCUUUGAGAGGCUGGUGCUUCCUCACCUCCCUCGAGUUGGGGUUCAGGGUAAACGUGGACGUGUGCAACCCCUUAUCCUGCCCCCUCACUGUGAGCCUUGUCUGGAGCUCCUCCUACAGACAAGACAGGAUGUAGGAGUUGACCCCGCAAACCCAUAUGUCUUCGCCAGGCCUUACCACUCCCCUGCCACACCACUGCGAGGCACUGACCUCCUCCGAAGCCUGGCCCGCUCCAGCGGUACCCGCAAUCCUCGUGCCCUGACCCAGACCAGGGUUCGCCGCCAGGUAGCAAUCCUAACCCAGCUGCUGCUUCUGGGAGAAGGAGAGGAGCCUGGGCAGCCAGGAGGCAGCGCUGUGGAGAGGCUGGAGCACUUCCUCGAGAGGGAAUACCAUGUGACACAGAACUGUGCUGGAAUUGGUCAGGACCCAGGCCUGAUGGGCAGAGUGGGCCGAGUUGUGCUGUGUGGAGAAAGAGAUGGCGUGCUGUUCAGAGGAAUGAGCCUUAACCACAUCUGCCUGGAACUGGAUGUUAUGUCAGGAAACUCUGCAGACUCAUACUCGGAGGGAGAAUCUGAAGGGGAGCAGGUGAAAGAGAAGCCUGAAGCGCCUGUCCCUGCACCUGCUCCGAACCCUGCGCCUACCCUGCUGUAUGUCAGGAAAGGGAAGAACAAUGGGCGGGUGGGACGGCCCAAGAAGCUCAAGAACAGCCAACCACCCCCUCCUCCCCCUCCCCCACCUCCACCAGCAAACCGCAGGAGAGGCUCAGGAAAGCGAGGUGUCCUGAAGCGUCCCUGGUCUGAGGCAGAACGUGCAGCAGUUGAAGAGCACCUGACUCGAAACAUUACUGAGCUCCGAGUCCCCGCCAAAGCUGACUGUGAACGUUGCCUCCAGCAGUGCCCCCUGCUGGUUAACAACCAUCGCGACUGGCGAGCUAUUAAGUUUUAUUGCCACAACCGCAUUCAGCUGCUGAAGAAGAUCCAGCGGCGUGAAAGUGAGCCCCAGCCCCUUACCGUCUGUUAAGAGAGGAGAGUGUUUGGAGGUGUGGUGCAGCUGAUCAGAGCAGAUCUCAAAUGGUACCCUACUACCUAGGAACUGCACUAAUUUUGAGAGAGUGGUCCCAAAUUUCACUCUACUUUUUUGGUGGCAUGCUAUGAUGUUGAAAUGGCCUCUAACUUGACACAUGAUGGCAUGACUACAAGAACAGAAAUUUUGACUAACCAUUUGUAUUGCUCUACUUUAAAGUAGUCUUAAAAAUGACACGAGUUUUCAUGGUGCUCCUGGUUUUUAGGUAUUAGGGUGCGGGCACACUUGGUUGGGUGCUGUUUGAGACAUGCCUUCAGAGACCAUAGCACUGGCCACAGCCUGUGUUGUAUUGUAUAAGAGCUUUUUUUCUCUUUUCAAAAUGAUACACUAAAGUGAAACGUAAAUAAGGGAGGCAAUUGAGCCCUACCGUGUUGUUAUAUGAACGUCAUGAAGUAGCAUUAGUGUUUUAUGCACUUGGAGAUGUUAACAGGACAAAUGGCCUGUGCUCAGGCCACACUUUUCUUAAUAGUGGCUUUAUAAUUAUAGUAGGCCUCUCUACUUCUAACCUACACAAAUAGCCAGGUUUUUCCUCAAUAAAGUACUUCUUUUCAUACAGCUGACUGCAAUUCUGACUAUGGUUUCCUUAUAUUUGCACCUUAAUUUACAUGUAAGGUACUAUUGAUGAAUGAGUUACGCUUGUGAAGUUAUAUUGAAGUUGUUUUUUUAAAUGGAACACGAUAAUUUUUUGAUGAUGGAGACAAUGAAAUGGCAUCAGAAUGUAGUGAAGUUACCUUUGGAUGCCUAAGAUGUUUAGUUAAACCACAAAGUCCAGAAACAUACUCUUUAAGAACUGUUUGGAAACCUGUUGUUUUGACCCGUUUCCCUUAAACAGACUCAAGAUGUCAACAGCUACCAUUUUCCC